AUGAGUAAGAUACUCGGCAUAUGGGGCGAGGUGCCCGAAGAGAACCAAGAAUGGCACCAGAAGAUGCAGAUACCGGAAGCGACCAAGCGAUUGGGAACACGCGCCUUCCAUUUCCAGGCCGGAAAGAACAUGUUCCCAGAAGACCACGCACAAACUGCGACCUCUUUUACCCUGUACGACCCUUUAGAGUCAACAGAAUCGCAGUCCUCAAUUGAACAGAGUCUGCCAUUGUCAGGCUUGUCGAGCGAUGCACUGAAGGAUGUGCUUCUGGAGGCGCGAUCUUAUACUAGCCAUUUGGAAGACAAAGCAAAGGAGUUUUCAGGAGAUUAUGCCGACAUAGGAUGUCUUGUCAUGGGCGUCUUCCAACCAACGCCAGCAACGCACGACGCAUUCUUCGAAUGGUGGCGCGGAGAAUUCAUACCUUUCAUCCAACGUUCGCCGGAUUUUCUUCGAGUGCGACUGUGGAAGCUGGAUGAGGCUGCCGAUUUGCGAGAGCGGACGGUGCAGAUGCGAGAUCGCAACAACUUACUCGCAUACGUUAUGGUGUACGAAUUCCAAUCCGACGAUAUGCCUUGGGAGGUCGCAGUCGAGAUUGGUCAGUCGAAAGCAUACCAGCAGCUCGUAGAGCAAGACUUGCAAUACAAGUACGGAGUGUACCACCUCAAGAGAAUAUACGGGGAGACUGGUGAAGUCGAAGCUGAGUUCAACAAUGAUGUGUAUUCUGAUGAGGAGGACGAUUCAGAAUAA